AUGACCACCCAGCAGCUCGUUCUCCAGGGCCUGGGCCCGUGGGGCUUCCGUCUCGUGGGUGUCAAGGACUUCGAGCAGCCUCUCACCAUUUCCUGGGUCACUCCUGGAAGCAAGGUGGCUCUAGCUAAUUUAUGUAUCAGAGAUGUAAUCACAGCCAUUGAUGGGGAAAAUUCUAGCAAUAUGACGCACUUGGAAGCUCAGAACAGAAUCAAAGGCUGCAAAGACAACAUGACUCUCACUGUAGCCAGAUCCGAACAUAAAGUCUGGUCUCCUCUGGUGACGGAGGAAGAGAAGUGUCGUCCAUACAAGAUGAAUUUAGUCUCUGAACCCCAGGAGGUCCUGCACAUAGGAAGCGCCCACAACCGAAGUUCCAUGCCCUUUACCACCUCGCCUGCCUCCAGCACUAACGCCAGGGUCAUCACAAACCAGUACAACAACCCAGCUGGCCUCUACUCUUCUGAAAACAUAUCCAACUUCAACAACGCCCUGGAGUCAGACUGCUACCAGCGGGGUAGAGGCGAACAUGCUCAGCCUCCAAUCAGCCUUGUCAUCCACAAAGAAUCUGAAGUUUGCAAGAUGCUUCAGGAGAAACGGGAGUUGAAUGAGCCCCCAAAACAGUCUGUGUCUUUCCUGGUUUUGCAGAAAAUCCUGGAGUCUGAAGAAAAAGAGGAUCCCAACAAGCCCUCAGGAUUCAGAAGUGUUAAAGCUCCUGUCACUAAAGUGGCUGCAUUGAUUGGAAAUGCUCAGAAGUUGCCUAUGUGUGACAAAUGUGGCCCUGGAAUUGUCGGUGUGUUCGUGAAGCUGCGGGACUGUCACCGCCAUCCCGAGUGUUACUUGUGCACUGACUGUUGCACCAACCUGAAACAGAGGGGCCAUUUCUUUGUGGAGGAUCAAAUCUACUGUGAGAAGCAUGCCUGGGAGUGA